AUGGCAACUAGCUCUCUAGAGACCUUCAAUGUGACCAGCGGACCCUCCGUCACCAAGGCAGCCAGGUCUUUGGAGACCCCCAAUAUGACCAGCGGACCCUCGCUCACCAAGGCGGCCAGUUCUCUGGAGACCCCCAAUGUGACCACUGGACCCUCCCUCACCAAGGCAGCCAGGGGUUUGGAGACCCCCAAUGUGACCAGCGGACCCCCGCUCACCAAGGCAGCCGGGUCUCUGGAGACCCCCGGUGUGACCAGGGCAGCCCCUAUCCUCGAGACAACUAGCUCCAGCAUACACGUAUCUCCCACAGCUCCCGCGGAGACGUCCCUACACACAACCGCCCGGCUCUCCCCGCAGUCCGAGAAGGACACCGGCAGCACUCUGCUGGUAGCCGUGCUCGUGGCCCUGCUGGUGGUGGCGGUCCUGGGGACACUGCUCGUGCUAUGGUGCCGCAGGCAGAGGCGAAGAACGGGGUCCCUGAUGCUCAGCACGAGUGCAAAGCGCAACAAGGUGGUGGAUGCCUGGGCCGGGCCAGCCCGGGUGUCUGACGAGGAGAUGGCCACAGCCACCGUGGGAGGGUCUGCAGGUGACAAGACCGGCGGGAUCCCUGACGGGGAGCGGCCUGGUCGGAGGCCCACACUCACCACUUUCUUUGGCAGAAGGAAAUCUCGCCAGGGCUCUCUGGCUCUGGAGGAGCUGGAGGCGGGGCCAGCUGCCAGCCCAAAGCCGGAGGAGGAGCCCCUGGUGGGCAGUGAGGAUGGGGAGGGGGAAGCCCCCAACCCGAAUGGGUCAGAAGUGAGAGAUGAUAAUGCUAAUGAAUAA